AUGCAGGACCAGAUCGAUGGGUUGAUGAAACACAUCAAAGCACAAACUCCUGCCAUGGUAGAAGAGUUGGUGCAGAAUACGGAUUCACCCUUCACAUCUAAGGUCAUGGGGCUGCCACUCCCCAAGAAGUUCAAAAUGCCUCAGCUAGAGACAUUCAAUGGUUCCACGGACCCAUUGGAUCAUCUAGAAACAUACAAAUCCCUAAUGCACCUACAAGCAGUACCAGAUGAGGUAAUGUGUCGUGCAUUCCCUGUCACCCUCAAAGGAAGUGCUCGGGCAUGGUUUAACAAACUCCCCCUAGAAAGCAUACGUAGUUUCAAAGAGCUUAGCACUAGCUUUAUGAGCUACUUUAUUGCUGGCCAACGCUAUGGCAAACCAGCAAUGCACCUCUUGACAGUGAAACAGGGAAGGUGGGAGUCGCUAAGGGAGUAUACUACCAGGUUUAACAAAGAGGUGGUUCAGAUAGAGGAAGCUGACGACAGCGUGAGCAUAACUGCGUAUAUAGCUGGAUUGUAUUCAGGAAAGUUUUUAUACCUUCUAUCUCAAGAACCACUCAACACCCUGGUAGAACUUAUGCUUAGGGCACAGAAACACAUGAAUGCAGAGGAAGCCGUCUACGCAAGGUGUUCCUGUGAUAGUUUUGAUCCCCAUGUAGGGCCAUCACAGGUUGGCGAAUUUGCCCCAUUUGAUAGGAAAAGAAGAGAAUCCACCCGCAAGACGGGAGGGGAACCAAAAAAUAAGAAGAUGGACUCCAGAUCCUCCCAAAACGAGGAGGAGGACCGCCCCAAGCUAAGGACUGAUCCUAACAGGAGAGCUAAAGACAAAUACUGCAAGUUCCACAGAGACCAUGGUCACAACACGGAUGACUGUAUUGACUUAAAACAACAGAUCAAGGAACUGAUCCAAAGAGGCAAACUUCAACGUUUCGUAACGAAGAAGCAUCAAAAGAUAUCCAUGAGGGAUGAUACAAGCAAGGAAAGAAAAGACGCCACGGCUCCCCGAUCAGGCCCUAAUGGAGAGAUCAAAGUCAUCCAUGGAGGACUUGCCGGAGGUGGAGAGUCUAGCAAUGCCAGGAAAGCUCACCUUAGGAAAUUGAGAACGAAGGAGUAUUUGGAGGUCAACACUGUUAGCCGUCCAAGCAAGAUCCAAAAGAAAGAGGAAAUACCCAUCAUUUUCUCAGAAGAAGACAUUAAGGGAACUCAAGUUCCUCAUGAUGACCCCCUGGUUAUAACCAUUGUCAUGGCCACCUACAUCACAAGAAGAGUAUUAAUAGACAGUGGAAGCUCGGCCGACAUUCUUUACCUCCAUGCAUAUGAUCAACUAAGAGUCGGACGAGAAAGACUAAGGCCUUUGAUAUCACCACUGGUUGGAUUUGCAGGUACGCCCGUUUAUCCAGCUGGUCAAAUAGCCUUAUUAGUCACAAUGGGGGACGAAGGAAGUUAG